UUCUGUAUACUAACACGGUAUGUGAGCAACGUGCUACAGCUAUUGCAUUACUUUGCUCAGAUCGUCGACGUGACCACCCGUAACAAACUCGGCCCACACCAGAUCGGGGAAAUUUGCUUUCGAACGCCAUCUAUGGUGAGAGGAUACUACAAAAGGCCACGGGAAUCGGCUGAGCUGUUCGACGAAGAAGGAUGGUGCAAAUCGGGUGACGCAGGGUACUACGACGAGGAUGGUCGCUUAUAUAUCUCUGAACGCCUCAAGCAAAUGAUCAAGUGCAUGGACAAUCAAGUUGUUCCAUCUGAGCUUGAAGAACUGUUGCUUCGCAUGCACCCCACUCAGAUAGCCGAAGUUUCUGUGGUAGGGCUGAAGCACUCGGAAUACGGUGAAGCUCCAGCGGCGGCCGUUGUUCUCACAGAAGAAGGCAAGAAGCAAGACCUUACUACUUUCAUCAACGACAUAAAGGCCACUGUUUCAAGUGACCUCCCAGACGAGGCGGGCGGUGACGAGGGAGUAAGUGUCUUCGAAUGCCAUCUCCCGGAGCUUGGCGUCGGGGAACAUGAGAAGUUUUCAGGCGGAGUCUAUGCGGCACAAGUCACAGAUGUCCGCCAGGACAGGCAGCCCGAUAGCUCCACCCUGUGCUGA